UCUCUUCGGUCCUCACCCCCAUUUCCUCUGCGCUGCAGUCCCCCACCCCCAAAUCACAACCCUAGGUCACAGAAGUCUCCCCCACCGCCGCAGGGAGUGAGAAUCAGCGCCGCCGGCCAUUGCUUUCAGUCACCUUGAAACCUUCAACCAAGCUUCUCUCUCAAAGAAAGAAAAAAAAAAGUGAUAAACCCUAGCCUCCAUUGUCGCCGUCGUUCUUCUCACCGCCGCCGUUCCACCGUUCUCCCCCAGCUUCUUUUCUUCGCGAGUUGCCAGCUUCUUUGCCAGCCUCCAUUGUCGUCCGUCGUGUGCUCGUCGCUGCCGCCAGCUUCUCCGCGUCACAUUGUUGCUCCCUCUCCUAUAAAUAUCUGCUCACUAUCCUCGCCGAAGGCAAUGGAGUUUGUUAAUAGGAUAGUUGAAAGUGCAAGGAAAGCUUCGAACAACAAUACGGUGAUCAAUGUUUGUCUCGCUGCUUCGUUUAUGGUGCUGGCUGGUAGAUCAUUCCAUCAGCAAAAAAUAAUUGAGGCUCUGGAGACUGAGAAAGCAUCUCUUGUAAAAUCAAAUAAGGAUAUUAAAAGGACUCUUUGGAAUUGGAAGCAGCAGCUCUACGCAGAAGCCGCGAGCGACGACGCCCUCGUACCGCUGCAUAGGCUCAAGGCCAUCUACGGCGAAACCCCGCAUUCUACAGCCGGAGAUGCUGUGAAUGAAGAUGCAAAUUCGGCUAGUCUUAGCAAGUUUGUUGCUUGAGAUCUGCAAAAUUGUUAACAAAUGUUAAAGUUUUGGCACUGAAACUCCAGAAGAGUGUUAGUAAAAUAAUUUCUAACGGAACAAGAACAUAUUAUUCUGUCGUACUUGGUUGUUUUAGUUUGCAUGUAAAUUUAGAACCUUGAGGAAAUUAAAAGUGGUGAAACCUUCAUCAAUGGAAGGACAAAAUCACAUUUUUGUUACGGUUAUAUGUUUGAUCUAUAUAACAAUGAGUUAGGCUUAUAAAAGCAGGAAAGAUUUCCAUGUUAUUGACUUUGGUGAUAUAAGUUGUUUCUCUAUUUCAUCACCUA